AUGACAUCUCAAGAUUCCCUGGCCUACCAUGAGCCAGGAAUCACUACCGUGCUCGACAAGAUCAUCUACUGCGGGCUAAUCGGACAACUUUUCAUCGGGAUGGCCUGGGGCGUCCCUGGGGGAAAUUUUAGUUGGGUUACCUGGGUUUUUUGCUGCUUGUAUGAGGUUGCAAAAGCUGUGCGAUCGAUUCAAGCGAAGAAACUAUAUGUCCACUUCCCAGAGGAGAUGAUGUCGAUGAACUUUGGGUUCGUCGCUCAUAUGUGUCUCUUGGUUGGGAUGGUCGCGGGGGCUACGUAUACCGGGACGUCAGGUCUUUUCGCAGCAUAUCUGGCUGGUGCGAGUAUCACCUGGCUUGAUGAGUUGUUGAUGACAAUCUCCACGGAUUCUUCUACGGAAGGCAUUGGGUUGCAAAACCGCUCGACUCAAGGCACGGGGAACAGUUCUCGAUCGAGCACUACAUCGCAACAGACAGAGUCAACAGUGGCAAUAAAGCAUCCAACAGGAGAAGAAGUUUUUGAACGCCUCUGCAAAGAGCCACUCAAACGAGUCUUGAGCCCGCUCUUCAUAUGUACACUCCUCCCCAAUGCCAACCAAUCCAUCAUACCAACAAAAUGCAGGCAUCGAUCGGCUUCUCAAUUCCCAUUACCAGGAUGUUCCAAGGGGAAGUCGUCUGACGCGGAGUGGUCUAAACUAUCCUCAUGA